AUGAGCUAACUGAUAUUGAAUUUAUUAUACAGUAAGCAGAUAUCUUGAGGGCUAUAAGGUGGGAUUGGAACCCAUUAGGGGUCAGAGAAUGUGGCCCGAGGUAGAAGAAACCAUUGUCAAGCCUCCAGUGAUAAGAAGAAUGCCCGGUAGACCCAAGAAAAAGAGAAGAAGAGCACCUGAGGAAAAAGAUCCUAAAUGUCCUCAAAAAAAAAAAAGAACUGGAGUGCAGAUGACUUGCCAAAACUGUCACCAACAAGGGCACAACAGCAGGAGUUGCAAGAACGAUCCAGUUGAAAAAAUACCGAAGGAAAAGGGUAAAAGGGGAAGGCCUGCAAAGAAAAUUCCACAACAAAAUAGCUUAGUAGGCUCGAGUCGAGGAACACGAAAAGAGCAUCCACAAAUGUCCAUCUCUGCCAAUGCUAAUGCUCGUCAAGUUGCUAAUGCUUGUCAAGUGAAGGAAAGGGCAUUAGCUAGGAAAGGAGUUGGAGUGAUUGGUUUUGAGGAGAGUGGAAACAUUUAUAUGAGGAUGUCUUCUCACAACAAGGUAAUACAUGUGAACAAGGAGAUUUCAAGCACAUCAAGUUCAAGGAUUAGACAAAGCAAUGUCAUGAAAGUUUGUUCACCACAAUAGAGUCAGAGCAAACCAACACAA